AGGAAGAAAAAUUGAAAAUUGUAUCUUCCAUAUUCUGUAUCUGAUUCCCAUGAGCCCUUCUCUGGCUUUAAAACAAUCAGCUUUAAUCUCCCUCUUACUACAGUCGAAGCUAAAAGUUUUUGAGUGAGCGAGGGGGAAAAAUUGCGCCAAAUUAACUAAAGCUCCAUGUAAAUUAAUUUAAAUUGGCUACUACGCAUUAAGAAGGGGGUUGUCACCCUGCAAAAAUCUCUACUAGAUGCUGUACUUUUCUUCCUAUGUCUCCCCUUUGCUCUCCAUUUUUCGGUUUCUCUUUCUCUUUCUCAUUCUCACAUUUUCUUCCUCUGUUUUCCUCUGUUCUUCAUUUUCACCAAACGGGCUUUCGCUCUCUCUUUCAUUUUUCUCUGUUUUACUCAUCAUUCGUCUACAUCUCAACCGUUACAACAGAUCUCUAGGUUUCAGUUUAAAUUAGUGACAAUGUAUACCGGACAUCAAAGGAGUUUAGGAAUUAAUCGUCAAGGAAAUGGUGCUGGUAAUCACAAUCAUCAUCCAUCAGGAAACGGGAAGAAUAGAUCAAUUGGAAAUAAUGGAAGCUGUGGAGGUAACAAUUCGAGGUUCACUGGCAAUACCAAAAUGAAUACCAGCAGUAAUCCCUCUGGAAGUAGUAGUGGCAAUAGCAGCAUUAGCAGCAAUACAAGUAGUAACAAUGGCACUAAUCAAUCGCCGACCUCAUCGGUAUCAGGCCCAAAUAUAAAGAAUAAAGGACAUUCAGACUCUAAUUGGAAUCAAUAUUGUCAAGAAUGGAAUCAAUAUGUCGUUAAAGGUCGCCAACACGGAAGAGAAUCUAAUAGCCAUAAUGCUACUCCUCAUAUUCACAACAAUAAUAGCAACACUGGUCUUCCUGGUAAUAAUGGAAUGCCUCCUGGCGCGGAUAAACGAAAUAGCUCAAUAAAUUCCUCUGUCCAAGGUCCUGUAAAGCCAGAAGUUACUGGCGUAACUCAUAAAGAUAAUUAUCAGACGAUUGACGGAGAGAAAAAAAUAAAUUCAGCUAGUGACUGUGAUCCGAACGCUAUGGUCAAACCAUUCAUUCCCUAUUCAAACUUGAAUCGAUAUAAUUCACGUGGAAAUUGGAACAACCGUGGAGGUCGAGGGGGAGGAAAAGGUCGAGGUUUUAAUAAUUCAAAUAAUCGUGGUGGUGGUGGCAAUCGUAGUAUAAUACAAUACCCUCCUCAUAGUGGGUAUUACACAGCUCCUAUACCUGGUGGAGGUUUAGGUUUACCUGUCGAUUCUUACGGUGGUUAUAAUUUCAUCUCAGUUGCUGCAACGCCCUUCCAACUGGCUCCGUAUGCAUGCUGUGAACCCGAAUGUCAAUCGUGUCCCCCACCACAAACUUUUUAUUCCACUCCUAAUGGUUUAAUACCUCAGUAUUAUUCUCUACCCGCUGCCUUCCAAUACGUUCCUGUUUCUAUUGGUGCCCCUGGUGCACUUCCAACAGGACCUCCAUUGCCUCCAAAUUUAGGCGGACCUGGUACUCAUGGGAGCUUUGACCUAUCAUUAAACUCUACUGGAAAGUAUCUCACAUCUAUUGGAGAGUCUGAAGUAAUCUCUGGAACAGGAUUACCUCCAAUGGCUACCACUGCCUCUGGUUUAUACUCAGCUUUACCCUUACAGCAAACCCAAGUCCAUUUAAGUAGCCAACAGCCACCCCAGCAGCAAAAUUCGAUUCAAGAAGAAGCUUGCCGCCCAACUGCCGUGAACGAUAGCGAUCAGAUGAAUCAAGCAUUAAAAGACGCCAAUAACAACCAAUUGGUUUCUAUUAAUCGUGAUAUAUUAUCUAACCCUUGCAAUCGCUCAUAUCCAAUUCAUCACCAAGAAGUGCCUUACAAUAGUGGUGUGCCUGUUAAUAACAAUUAUUGGAUUCCUGUAGCCGGUGGUUAUCAAGUGCCAAGACCUAUUCCUGGCCCUCCUCAAGCUCAAGCAGCAGCCAAUUUCAUGCUGGACCAUAAUCAGCCUCCUCAACCUCAAGAGGCUGAUCAGAGUCUCAUUAACUCAUCAUUGAUGCUCAUCAAUCCCAAUCCUCAGAGUUUGAGUCUUCCACAGCAGCAGCAACAAGCUUCCUCAAUGUAAAGUAAUUGUUUACUUGUUAACCUGUUUAAGAAAAUUGUAAAAUCUGGUCCCAUCGUUUUAGUCACAAUGUGAUAACAAGAUGAGCUUACUUCAAAACUAAAAUUAUGUUAAUUCACUGAAAGCCUCAAAUUUCACAGCUUUUUUUCCACACAUGUUACUAAUUUUUGCACCAAUAAAAGUUAAACAAACACACCUUGCUCCCUUCUACUUGGUCUAGCUGUUUAAUCAACUUGCGGAUCUAAUUUUUUUAAAUUUAUUAAAAUAUUUGUAAGUCAUGUUAAUUUCUUAUGAUGACUCUUUUUAUCAACCUUGAAAUUUAGAGUCAUAAGUCUUUUCUCAUAAACUCAUAACUUCAUUGA